AUGGCAAAUUCAAUAGGAAUUCUAGGGAUACAAUCACCAACGGCUUGUAUUGAACAUAUCAAUCAAGAUCCAGAAAAAUGGAAGAAUAUAUUUCGUGAUGUGACUUAUGCCAUUGGGAAAGGUUUUGAUCCAAAUGCUAGUGUUUCACAUAUCCAGUUUGGUGAAUAUAUUCGAGAUCAUCUUGCAGCAGUCAUAAAAUAUCUUGAGUCAAGCAAAGCUCCAGUAAAAACUCAAUUUAUUCGUGACAGAGCAAUUAAAACUACGGACGAUACAGCUGCUAAUAAAAUCGUAAUUACUUUAGGAAGUGGAAAGACGAUUUCCACUGAUGCUGUUAUAUAUGCAUUAGGAAAUGCCAAUCCAAAACCACUUAUAGAUAUGUAUGGUAAUGAAUUGAGCGGUAGAAGUGGUUAUUAUAACCUUGAUGAUCAUGCCUUCACUCGAGAAAAUGUAAAUGAAACAGAUUUUACUGUAAUCAUCGGUACAGGAAAUGGUGCAUGUUUUUCUUCUCUUUGGGCUAUAGAUAAUGGUUAUAAUGGAAAAUUUCUAUUGGUAUCAAGAGAUGGUAAUGUUCCACAUGUAGCUGAUCAAUCCAAGCCAUACAUCAGAAGUAUAUGCACAACUGAAAAGAUUGAAGAAGAAAUAAAGGAAUUAACAAAUAUAACGGCUGAUUAUUUAAAUGAACUAUUCAAGAAGGAGAUGAAAAUUGCCUGUACAGCUGGAUUCAACUGGCGAGAUGUAGUAGAUUCAAUGAUCUGUGACACGAAUAAACUGUGGAGAGCAAUGAACGAGGUUGAACAGAAAACUUUCAUACAAAAAUACGGAGCAUUAUGGGGUAAUGCCAGAUAUAGAAUACCCAAUGAACAAUGGGAACGGGUUAACAAAUUGCGAAGUGAAGGAAGACUUGAAAUUACUGGCGGACUGCACAAUAUUGAAAUUACUACAGAUAUCGCUUUCAAGUUGACUAUCAAAAAUCAGGAUGGAUCUUUUAGAACUGUACAUACAAAAAAACUUGUUAAUAAUACUGGUCCAUCAAAAUAUUUGGAACAAAUGCCGGUGUGUGCUAAAGAACUUAUUACUAGUGGUUUGGCAAGAAUGCAUCAUAGAGGAGGACUCGAUGUUGAUAAUGACUUUAGACUCAUUAAUUCUAAAGGUGAACCAUCGUCACGACUUUUUGCAUUGGGCCCAAUUGUAAGUGGUGCACAUUAUGAAUCAAUAACAAUUCCAGCUAUUCGCUCCAAUGCCAGUAUAAUGGCGAAGUCAUUGAUUCAACAUCAUGUUACUGUAAAACGUAGUGGGCUACAUUUCAGUGGUUAUGAUCAUAGACCUUAUGAUUAUUCGACGAUGACUCCGGACCAGCUCUCUGAUGUAUUUAAGAAAACACGCUUUGCUCUCAGCCUUACAAAUAUCUAUCCACGUCAUUAUACUACGGAAGAGAAAGCUAAAUUAUAUACUAUUGAAUUUGCAAAAACAUCGUUAGCAUCUGGUAAAAUUAGUGCUCCACCAGGUAGAACAAUAUUAUGGUCUGGUGGUUAUAUUCCUUCGCAUCCUCUUGGUUAUGGAUUAGGUAGAAUCAUUGCUGAACGUUGGCUAGUAGAAAAGAAUUAUACAUGUGAAGAACUUUAUCAUACAGUAGCCAUGACUGAAGCAGGAUUACCAGUUCUAAAUCCAAUGUGGGAUGAUAUGAGUAUUCCUUACAGCAUCAAAAAAGAAGUUACACCUACGUAUAUUUUGGGUUUUGCUGCAUGUGCUACUGGUGAAAUUAGUCUCAAUGUCGAUGAUACAGACAUAGAUUCAUUCUUUCGUGAAAAUGAAUUACGAAUUGUAAUGGAGAAUCCGAACAUUACUUCAGUCAGAGUAAUAAGAGUGAACCGUGCAACAGACAUAUUGCAAGAAACUUUACACAUGAAUCGACAUAAAUGGUAUAAUGAUCAGAAAGAUCAAUGGGUGAAUUCUAUAGUGACAAGAUACCAACUAGCCCGUAGCAGUUGUAAAACAAAUAAUUCAAACCAUCUCUUAUAUGAACGUAUGUCGAUGUCGCUGAUCGAAGAACUGUACGAUAGUUAUAGAAAUAUGACGGAUGGUAACCAACUUAUUCAAGGAUUUUAUAGAGCAAUUGGCAUGGAAUAUGGAGAUAUGGGUCGGAAACACGAUAAAGCAUUGGAAAUAUUGCGAUUGGAGAAAUUUGCUCCUCUAAUUGAAAUUAAUCCUGAACUAUUAAACCAUGAAAAAAUGAAUGAUGAACAUUCUAGAAUGACUCUGAAAUGUUUCUAUGCAAUCUGUUAG